UUCUUUAUUCCACAGUCCUUUUCCCUCCACCAUUCUCUCUUUUUGUUUUCAUUUCCAGAAAACUAUUAAAGAAACCCACUCGUGUCCUAUAAUUCGGCCACCGCAGGGCACCUUACCCUACAGAGAAAGGGCCCCAGGGUCUGUUGGUUGGCCCGUCUUUUCUCUCUUUUUGUUCCAUUUCUCCUUCUACUUACUCUGUAUCCCUCUCUGAAGUCUCCACUUUUUCUUCGUCCCUUCCUUUCCGCUCUCUGCAUUUUCCUCCUUUAUCACCCCUUUGUCCCCUUCUCCUACCGCCGAUUGCCCACCGACAGCUUUUUCCCACUGCCCUCCUCUUAUAAACCCUUUGCUUCUCACUUACCCCUUCAAAGCGUGCAUCUUUCUCUUUCUCUGUCUCUGUACUACUACUCUGUUUUUCCGAUCCUCUGUUUUCCCACUCCUCUGUUUUUUUUUCUCUUCUUCCCAUGGCGUUUGGAUGUAUACCCAAUUUCCUAACCAGCCGUCGCCACCGGGGGAAGCCCAAUGGGGACCGGAUUGCGGCUGUUUCCGACGAAUCCUGCAGCGGGGGAGAGAAGGAAGGGAAAGGAAGGGGUAAUUUUGAUGAUUGUUCUCCAGCGAGGUACAGCUGGGAAGAGAUCGAGAAUCUGACCCGGAAUUUCGCGUGUUUGAUCGGAUCCGGUGGGUUCAGCAACGUAUACUUGGCUGCCGGUCCGGCGGCGGUGAAAGUGAGCUGUUCCGGGGACUAUCUCAGCCCGAUGUUCAAUCAGGAGCUCGACAUCCUCCUCCGCCUUCACCACCGGCGCAUCGUCAAGCUUCUGGGCUUCUCCGACGAUAAAGGUGGCGCGCUGGUGAUGGAGUACGUCCCGAACGGAACUUUGCAAGAGAGGCUCCACGGGAGCGGCCGGCGCCGGCCGCUCCCGUGGAGCAGAAGGAUGGCGAUUGCGUACCAACUCGCCGAAGCAAUCGAUUACCUCCACUCCAACGUCGGUGACAUCCCAAUCGUCCACGGCGACAUCAAGGCGUCCAACGUCUUGCUCGACGCCGACGAAAGCUGCAAGCUUUGCGAUUUCGGGUCGGCGAAAAUGGGAUUCUCCUCCGCCGUCGCGGCGGUGGGCGGAGGGCAGAGGAGGAAGAAAAUGGUGAUGAUGGGCUCGCUGGGUUACUCUGACCCGCAUUAUCUCCGUACUGGUUUGGCUUCCAAGAAGAACGACAUCUACAGCUUUGGGGUCAUCGUCUUGGAGCUUCUGACGGGGCGGGAGGCGUUCUCCGAGGAGAAAGGGGAGGUUCUGGCGGCGGUAAUUAGGGAGCGCGGGGAUGAAUUUGCGGCGGAUUUGGCGGGAUUGGUGGAUCCGAAAUUGGGAGGCGAGUUUGAUUUGGGGGAAGUGGAGGCCAUGUUCGAGAUCGCGAGGAGAUGUGUUAGGCUGGCGGUGAGCGAGCGGCCGUCGGCGGGGGAAAUCGUGGAGAGGAUGAAGGCGGAUGUGGCGUCGGCGAUUGUGUGGGAGGAGGAGGUGAAGAAGAGGUUUGGAAGAGAGGGAUUGGUGUAGAUUUGGUGCGAUACUCUGUUUUGCUGGGAUUAUACACUGUUUUUUUGGGAUUAUUCACAUGAUUGACAAUCCAUGUAUAGAUUCAAACUCAACAUAAAGGAAGGAAAGAAAGAGGAGGGUUAGGGCUUGCUAUUACUAUUAGGGAUUGGAAUAGGAUGUAGUGAAAGAUUUGCCUGUGUUUGCUUCCUUUCGAUUCGAUUGAGAAGUCAGAUUGUUUGUUACUUUUCAUUAUCUUACAGGUUUCUAAUUUUCAAUUUGUUAUUCUGUCAUUUGAAACUGAUCGUUGAAACUUACCGAGUGAAGAGAAUAUGUAUCCAAAGUAAGUGAGUAAGUAACUACAAUUGGUUGACAUGAGAUGGUAAAAUCGAAGCAAG